CUUGCCAUGGUGUAAAAAACGGAGUUCUCCCCUUUUCCAUAAAUUUGGAUCAAGUGUACAGGCAAUAACAUCACGUGAUCUUUUGUGGAAUUUCCGGUGAUCGAGGUACACACAUGUGUAUCAGUCUGUAGCCACAGUGGUGUGUAUCGCCAGGUAAGUACAGACUAUAUUACUACAGCCACAGUGGUGUGUAUCGCCAGAUAACACCAAGUAUGGCAUGUCCUGAGACCAUAGAUAAACAGGAAACCAGAAAAACUGACCUAGUUGUGGCAUUGGACUUCGGGACAACUUAUUCCGGAUAUGCCUACUCUUUUCGAAACCAAUUUGAGUCCAACAGCUUGGACGUGACUCUGAACCCUGCGUGGACCACUACCACGGACGGAUUGCUGUCUAAAAAGACGCCAACGUCACUCUUGCUUAAUCCGAAAGGGGAGUUGUAUGCAUUCGGAACCAAAGCAGACGACAAGUUUGCGGAAUUAGCAUGUGAAGACGAGCAUCGGGACUGGUACUACUUCCGGAGAUUUAAGAUGAAACUGCACUCAAAAAAGGAGGUAAAAAGAGGUCUUAAGAUGAAAGACGAACUUGGAAAGCCAAUGUUAGCCUCCACCGUCUUUAGUUUGGCUAUUCGGGGUUUGAAAGACCACUGUCUAGAAACCCUAAAGGCCCACGAAGCGUUCAAUCCGGACUCCACUCACAUUGUCUGGGUCCUCACCGUGCCUGCGAUAUGGAGAGAUUCGGCGAAGCAGUUCAUGCGCGAGGCAGCCGUGGAGGCAGGGAUCAACGGCCAUGACCUCGUUUUAGCACUGGAACCGGAAGCUGCUUCAGUAUUUUGCCAGCUGCUACCAAUUGAAAAACUUCACACUAACAGAAAGGAGCGCUUCAGUGUGAGUCGUACCGGCGCCGUCUUCAUGGUGGUCGAUUUGGGAGGCGGGACUGCUGAUAUCACGGUACAACGCCGCGAGAACGACGGUACCCUGUGUGAGAUGUAUGCAGCAACCGGAGGCCCUUGGGGCGGAGUGGGCGUCGAUCGGCAAUUCAUGAUUUUCAUAACGAAACUGAUGGGACCGGAUGUGAUGACACGCUUCUCCAAGGAAAACUCGGAAGACCUGAUGGACAUGUACAGAUGUCUGGAGACCUGUAAGCGGACCAUCCGUCCAGAAAGUACAGGAAAUGUCACAAUUGAUAUCCCUGGCACUCUUACGGAUAUUUACAAAGACGUUUUCGACGAACGGUUUGGUUCAAACUUCCCUGAAGAAUUUGAAAAAAGAAUAAAAUUUAAUCACGGUAAACUAAAAGUCGAUGUCCAGAUUAUAAAGGACUGUUUUACUUUCGUUAUCGACGAAAUCAUAAAACAUGUAAAAGAUAUUUUGUCAGAACCAAGCUGCUCAGGAAUCAAAAGCAUUCUGAUGGUAGGGGGCUUUGCUGACUCUGACAUGGUGUCCUCUGCCAUGGUGAACGCUUUCAAAAACUGUCGAAUUGUCAUUCCACAGGAUUCUGAGACCGUCGUCCUCUGCGGCGCAGUGAUAUAUGGUCACUCCCCAGGAACUAUUUCUACUCGCGUCGUUAGAUAUACGUACGGUGUUAGUUAUAUGGUUGACUUCGAGCAAAAUCAACAUCCUGAUGCUAAAAAAGUAGUGAAAGAAGGCGAAGCUCCAAAAUGUAAAGACCUGUUUGAGAUCUUUGUACAAAUGGGGUCGCCUGUCAAAACUGGGGAGGCGAUAUCAAAAGUGUACAGUCCUGCCCGAAAUGACUCGAAAAUAAUGGUUAUUAAGGUGUACGCCUCAAGUAAAAAAGACCCUGAAUUCGUAACGGACGAAGGGUGUUGGCGACUGGGGAAGUUGGUUGUGGAUCUACCAGACUCAAACAAAAACUCCAAUCUAGAGAUACAUGAGCGCAUGAUCUUCGGAGAGACGGAGCUCCGGGUUGAAGCAGUGGAACCGGUGUCCGGUAAAACCUUCUCGGCGCGGUUUGACUUCCUCUGACGUGAUGGAUUUCCUGUAGUAACAGUAGUGACCACAGGCAACCGUUCACUUUAAAGCUUAUCGUUGCAAAUUCAUCUCAAGUGACACUCACUUAAACAUUAUAUACAUAAUGUGACUUAUGUACAUGUAUCAGAUUGCAUUAUCCUUAACACUAUCCGAAGUCUUGGAUGCUGGCAAAGGCACGAACCAAUCGCAAAUGAUGAACAAAAUACCUUGCGCGAUGUGACUAAGAUUUAAUCGGCUCUUACAUAGGAUGAAGGGUAAACUGCUAGCAGCAUUCAGGUGGUUGGUAAAAUACUCACAAUUUUACUUAAAUGGUGUCGUUUUUAUAUUGCUGUUGAGUACAAAUCCUAAUAGAGCGAUAAGCCAUAUAAAGGAAUUUCCAGUUUAACGAGUUUGAACAUACGGUACACUGGAUAUAAAUAGCUGAAUCAUAUCUUCAGUGGAAAAGGGGUUAAGAAUAAGACAUAUAUGCUGUAGUCGUUCAUCAACUGAAACAGCACGAGAGUAUUUUGUGUUCUAUGUACUUCAAUGAAAUUGUAAUGACUUUUUAAACCGUUCUAUCUGUUAAAAUAGUCUAUCAAUUUGAAGACCGUUCUUUUUACAAACAUUACAGUAACAUGUUUGACCCUUCUGUCUAUAUAAGCUUUGAAAUAGCGUGUUAGGCUGAUUUGUUCAGCCCUUACACAUCCUGUAUUUCUUUUAAGUCUGUUACUAUGACUCGCAAAACGUGUUAAUAAAGAGUUGUUCACCCAUUCCCCGAUAUUUUAAAAUAAAUUAAGAGACAAGAAUUUCCGUUCAUUUCUUUCUCAUAAUUUUUUUUUUUUUUUAAAUCAUUAUAGACCAGACUUUCAGAAAUGUAUCAAGCGUUUUUCCCGUCACUGUUUCAACCUUUGAUAUUAAAUCAAUACAGUUGUGUCUUUGAUCAUAUUGAUUUUCGAGUUUUGCUCAGGAAAAUUUACAAGUGCGUCUUUAACAUGUUGUAUAUCGUGAAAUAUAUGAGAUUUUUGGUAAACAACUCUUAUUCAACAUGUCUUCCGAUACCUAGUUACACAAGUUCUGAGAACUAGGCGGGUGUUUGAGCGGUGUAGGAGCAGUUUCGAUGUGUAACGGUCUCUAAACAUUACUAUAUACGGAGAGGAUCUGAUAUAUAGGCCUUCACCGAUACCUGGAAUUAACUUACUGCAAGCUUGACUGCACCAGACACACAUUGUGUAUACACAAACACACAUGUUAAGUAACUCUGGGUACAUCUCUGAAAUAUGAUACUGUCACAACGUCAAAGUGUAACCAUUACAGGUUUUAACCCUGCUUGUUCUGUACAGGGUUACAUGUAUGGAGUAAAAUCAUAAAAGGGUCACGAGACGAAUCAUCUUAAGAAGCAAUUUGUAUCAUAUUUGUGUUGAGGCUCUUUAAGGUUUACAACCCAUAAACUUCAACAGAACAGGAUUCAAUCCUUCUAUGCAUUCAUUGAUUUGUUAUUUUGUAA